AUGGGGAUUGUUUCAGUAGGCAAGGAUCAAUGGAUCAUGGGCAUUGCCUUCUGUUUUGGCUGGGAAACCCAACCCAAUUCCUGCCAUCUCAUGGAUGGUCCUCAAGCUGGCCAAACAGUUGCACAUGUCCACAUUCACCUCAUCCCGAGGAAGAAAGGGGAUUUUGAGAAAAAUGAUGAAAUAUAUGACGCGAUUGAUGUGAAAGAGAAAGAACUGAAGGAGAAGCUUGAUCUGGACAUUGAGAGGAAAGAUAGAACCAUGGAUGAAAUGGCUCAGGAGGCCAAUGAGUACCGUCCUCUUUUCUCCUAG